AUGCCUGUGACCUUUGCCCUCCUGCUCCUCCUGAGCCAGGCCACAGCAGACCCAUGCUACCACCCGGGGGGCCGCCCCCGCUUCUGCCUCCCACCCGUGACCCAGCUGGCUGGCAUGGCAGACUCCUGCCCCCAGGCCUGUGCCCUUUCCCCGGGGACAGAACUCGGCCCCCGGGCCACCUGCAGUGGCAGUCUGACCCUGGCCCUGGGUGGCUCCUUCCUCCUGACGUCUGUCAACCUGGGCUUCUGUACCCCGGGAUCCCCGGCCCUGGUCCUGUCUGCCGCCUGGGCCGCCAGCGGUCCCUGGAGAUCACUGUGGCGCAGACCCACGUGGCCCAGGGCCUUGGGGGGGCCCAAGAGGGUGACCUUCCGAGCCCCACCAUCCCCCAGGGCCACCGUGGUGGCCAGUCACCUCCGCGUGGAGUUCGCGGGCUGGGCAGGGCUGGCAGCAGCUGCAGUGAGAGGCCGCUGCCAGUGCCACGGCCACGCAGCCCGCUGCGCUGCCCGGGCCCGGCCCCCCCGCUGCCGCUGCCGCCACCACACCACCGGCCCGGGGUGCGAGAGCUGCCGCCCGUCCCACCGAGACCGGCCUUGGCGGCCCGCCACGCCCAGGCACCCCCACCCUUGCCUGCCCUGCUCCUGCAACCAGCACGCCCGCCGCUGCAGGUUCAACUCCGAGCUGUUCAGGCUGUCGGGUGGCCGGAGUGGGGGUGUUUGCGAGAGGUGCCGCCACCACACAGCUGGGCGGCACUGCCACUACUGCCAGCCAGGGUUCUGGAGGGAUCCCAGCCAGCCCAUCACCAGCCGCAAGGCCUGCAGGGCCUGCCAGUGCCACCCUAUUGGGGCAACAGGGGGCACCUGCAACCAGACCAGUGGGCAGUGCCUCUGCAAGUUAGGGGUGACUGGCCUGACGUGCAACCGCUGUGGUCCUGGCUACCAGCAGAGCCGCUCCCCCAGGAUGCCCUGCCAACGAAUUCCAGAGGCCGAGACCACCCUGGCUACCACCCCUGGUGUUUACAGCUCAGACCCUCAGUGUCAAAACUACUGCAAUAUCUCGGACACCAGGGUCCACAUGAGCCUUCAGAGGUACUGCCAGCAGGACUACGUUCUCCGCGCGCAGGUGCUGGCCUCCGAGGCGGCAGGCUCCGCGUGGCAGCGGCUGGCAGUGCGCGUGCUGGCCGUGUACAAGCAGCGGGUGCAGCCUGUGCCCCGCGGCAGCCAGGAUGCCUGGGUGCCCCGCGCUGACCUGGCCUGUGGUUGCUUGCGCCUGCGGCCCAGCACUGACUACCUGCUGCUGGGCAACGCGGCCGGGGGCCCUGACCCCGCACGCCUGGUCCUCGACCGCCACGGCCUCGCGCUGCCCUGGAGGCCGCACUGGGCCCGGCCACUGCGGCGGCUGCAGCAGGAGGCGCGCGCUGGGGGCUGCCGCGGCCUCCGGCCUCCGGCCUCCGACCCCCAGCACCGAGCCCGAGCACUGGGCAGCCUCGACGGCCAAGAAAGGGACCUGGAAGCGACAGGGAGCUGAGACUUCUACCUCGACGGGGCAUCCCUUGGUGACGUAGCCGACGCCGCGCCCUCCCUGACGUCACUGGCACGCGCCAGCACCACGCAGGCCCGAGGCACCUUUAGCUAAAGGCGGCCACCUGCAGG